UCCACGCACUUCCCAGUUCCCACCUAGCCAGACACAGUAGAGAGAGAGAGAGAGAGAGAGAGAGAGAGAGAGGGAUGGAGAUGGAGACGGAGAAGAUGGACGAGCUGCGGCACUUCAUCGGCCAGUGCCGGUCGGACCCUUCCAUCCUCGACGACCCUUCGAUCGCCUUCUUCAAGUCCUACCUUCAGAGCUUAGGUGCUCGAAUCCCGCCCGCCGCGAAAUCAGAGAGCCGUGGCAUGUCAGGCACUGGGUUUGAUGCAAACAAAACUGAUUUGGAAAUGGAUUAUGAUGAAGGCGACUUUGUUGAAUCUGAUGUUGAAUUAGACGAAUCUGACAUUAUGGCACCUGAUGAUGAUCCUACGCAAAAGAUGGGAGACCCUUCUAUUGAAGUUACAGAAGAAAAGCAGGAGGCUGCACAAAUGGCAAAAUCAAAAGCUGUGGAUGCAAUGUCAGAAGGUAAUCUGGAUGAAGCCACAGAUCACCUAACAGAGGCGAUCAUGUUGAAUCCAGGUUCAGCAAUACUAUAUGCGACUAGAGCUACCGUCUUUGUCAAAUCGAAGAAGCCAAAUGCUGCAAUUCGUGAUGCAGAUGCAGCUUUACAGGUUAAUCCUGACUCAGCUAAAGGAUACAAAGCACGAGGGAUGGCGAGGGCCCUGCUGGGUAAGUGGGAGGAAGCAGCUAGUGAUCUGCAUGUAGCUUCAAAAAUAGAUCACGAUGAGGAAAUUAGCAUGGUGCUUAAGAAGGUUGAACCCAAUGCCCGCAAAUUAGAAGAGCAUCGCAGGAAGUAUCAACGCUUGCGCAAAGAGAAGGAGAAAGAAAAGGCUGCACGUGGGCAGCAACGCCAGCGCACUGCUGAAGAGUCGGAAGCUUCAACCGCUCUCAAGGACGGCCAAGUAAUUGGUAUCCACUCUCGUGCUGAACUGGAAUCCAAAUUGAAUGCUGCUUCAAGAACAUCCCGCCUGGCCAUCCUUUACUUCACUGCUACCUGGUGUGGGCCCUGCCGCUUCAUUUCUCCUCUUUUUACUAGCCUAGCUGCAAAAUAUCCGAAAGGGGUAUUCCUAAAAGUUGACAUUGAUGAGGCGAGGGAUGUCGCUGCCAGUUGGAAUAUCAGCAGCGUCCCUAGUUUCUUCUUUGUGAGAGAUGGCAAAGAGGUCGACAAGCUAGUUGGUGCUGAUAAGGGCUCCCUUGAGCGGAAGAUAGCGCAGCAUGCAGGCUGAUUUCAGAGUUGUGAAAAGUUGAGAAACUAGGCCCCUGUAACCUAUGUGUUUGCAACAUGGAAGGUAUACUUACUGCUAUUUGUCCUGCUAUAGGGUGGGAGGUGUGUCGAAUUGUUUGGGUUGGGGUAAUAGAUGACAUAUUCGCAGCUCAAAAACUGUUUGGUUUGGCUUCUCCAGCUAUAUAUGCCUGUUGUAUCCUCUCAGUCCUCUCCUGUUGCUCUACUCCUUGUCUUAGCCCUGAAUAAAAGCAUGGAUGAUGCAACUUACCCUGAA